GUGGCAGACCUCUAGUGUAUUUAAAGAGCCCAUAAAACCCAAUGAAUCAACUUUGAGGAAACAACGGUUACAAAGCAAAAUGACUAGCAAGGUCGUCUUCAUUCUUCUCCUCUCUCUCGUCGUCCUCCUCCUCCCUCUCUACGCCUCUGCGGCGGCCCGCGUCGGUGGUUGGAGUCCCAUCAGCAACGUUACGGACCCUCAAGUCGUAGAGAUCGGCGAAUUCGCGGUCUCCGAGUACAACAAACGGAGCGAAUCGGAACUCAAGUUCGAGACUGUUGUUAGCGGCGAGACUCAGGUCGUCGCUGGUACAAAUUACCGGCUUACAGUGGCGGCUAAUGACGGAGGAGCGAGGAAGAACUACUUGGCGAUUGUAUGGGACAAGCCGUGGAUGAAAUUCAGAAAUCUCACUUCCUUCGAGCCUGCCAAUAAUGGGUCGUGCGUGUCAACGAGAGGUGCUGCUCGACGUGAAGCCUCCUCCUCCGCAUCGGCGAGGAGGCUUCCGUCGCAGCACCACCACAGCGGUAGCCUUAGCUCUUCUGGCUACGGCGGAGAACCGUCCGAUCAAUCUGAUAUCGGCGGUGCGAAAAUGAAAGGGCUUUUCAAGUCUAAGCCACGCACUCCUGCUGACCUUGUUCGACAAACGCGCGAUCUCCUUCUCUACGCCGAUCGAUCUACCUCUUUGCCUGACCUUAGAGAAUCCAAACGCGAAGAAAAGAUGGCGGAAUUAAGCCGGAAUAUCCGUGACAUGAAGUCGAUUCUCUAUGGAAAUAGUGAAGCCGAGCCUGUCGCUGAAGCUUGUGCACAGUUGACUCAAGAAUUCUUUAAAGAGGAUACUCUACGUCUCUUGAUUACUUGUCUCCCUAAACUUAACUUGGAGGCCAGGAAAGAUGCUACACAAGUUGUUGCAAAUCUACAGAGGCAACAAGUCAAUUCACGGUUGAUUGCAUCUGAUUAUCUUGAAGCCAACAUUGAUCUUAUGGAUGUUUUGAUUGAAGGCUUCGAGAACACAGACAUGGCUUUACACUAUGGUGCUAUGUUUAGGGAGUGCAUCCGUCAUCAGAUUGUGGCCAAAUAUGUUUUGGAGUCUGACCAUGUGAAGAAAUUCUUCGAUUACAUACAGCUUCCUAAUUUCGACAUUGCUGCCGAUGCUGCUGCUACUUUUAAGGAACUGCUGACAAGGCAUAAGUCUACUGUUGCCGAGUUUCUCACCAAGAAUGAAGACUGGUUUUUCGCAGACUACAACUCAAAGCUUCUUGAAUCAAGUAAUUAUAUAACCAGACGGCAAGCUAUUAAGUUGUUGGGUGAUAUAUUACUGGAUCGAUCAAAUUCAGCUGUGAUGACGAAAUAUGUGAGCUCAAGGGAUAACCUGAGGAUUCUCAUGAAUCUUCUGAGAGAGUCAAGCAAGAGUAUCCAAAUAGAAGCAUUCCAUGUCUUCAAGCUGUUUGCAGCGAACCAAAACAAGCCUGCGGAUAUAGUCAACAUUCUGGUGGCAAACAGAAGCAAGCUUCUGAGAUUGUUGGCUGAUUUGAAACCAGACAAAGAGGAUGAGAGGUUUGAAGCAGACAAAAGUCAGGUUUUGAGAGAAAUCGCAGCCCUUGAACCACGAGAUCUUGCUUGAACCAACCAACGCAAAUCAUCUCCUUCCUUCCCUUUUAAAACACACCAAAAGACAUUUUUG